AUGCAAAUUUUUGAAAAUAUAAAUCCAUUACGUAAUUGGCGUCGCCAAAUGGUUCGAGAUGAAAAGCUCAUUGGGCUUGUCCCAACUAUGGGUUGCUUACAUGAAGGACACCUGGGACUAAUGAAACAAGCAAGUAAACAUUGUCAGGCUGUCGCCGUCUCUAUUUUUGUAAAUCCUGCACAAUUCGCACCUAAUGAAGAUCUUGAUAAGUAUCCUCGGACUUUAUCUGAUGACCUUGCUAAGUUAUCCGCUAUAAAUUGUGUAGAUGCUGUUUUUAUACCAAAAGUGGAAGAUAUUUAUCCGACUGGGAUUCAUUUAGAUGUAGAAAAACAACUUGGCACUUUUGUAGAAGUAAAGGGAAAAUCGCAUCAG